AUGUCACUUCAUAUUACACCUAGUCAGUUGAAAAUUGAAAACUGGGGCAAUUUCUUCAUGCAACGCCUUAACAACUUAGCCAAAAAAGAUGAAUAUUGCGAUUACACCAUUCGUUCACAUUCAAAUGAAUCGUUUAAAGUUCACCGAGUUGUAUUGAAUACAUGUUCAGAUUAUUUUGUUUCUCAUCCAAAUAAUGAUACAUCAAUGAUAAUGCCUGCCCAUUUAGAUUUCAAUGCUGUAAAGAGUGUUAUUAUGUUCAUGUAUACUGGACAACUUCACCAUACCGAAGACACUCGUAUGAGUUUACUUGAAGUAGCAGACAUGUUACAGGUUACUGUUUUACUUAAACUUCUAGAGUCACAGCCUAGUACAAGAAAAAUGCCCACUAAGUAUCAUUCGCCUCUAGCUUCAACAUCAAGAACUCAUUCUGCAAUUGCACUAAAUCAAUAUAGGCCUGCAAAGAAACCGAUAAAUCAAACUAAUAUGAUGGUUAGAUCACCUCCUGAACACACCCCUGCAUCUACUUUUAUAAACACUAUGAAAGUAAAAGAUGUUCUAAGUGAAAAUAAACCAAUGAGGUUUGAUUGUGACGCUGAAGAUGUUCCUGAAUUCAUUGAAAACACGUUUGAACUACCAAAAUAUGAUAGUGCGCCUCUAAUAAAACAAGAAAAUACAGAUAAUGCACGAGCAAUGCUUAAAAGAACAUCAAACGGAGAGUUGGCAAAUACGAGUUAUAAAACACAACAAAGCAUUAUAAAAUGUGAAACUGAAACAUCACCAAUUGGUAAGAAAUUAAAAAUUGUUAGUGAUACAGACCCAGAGAAUUCUAAUAAUAAAGUAGUACAAUCAAUUUUAAAGAAAUUCCCAUAUUUAUUGCAAAGUAAAGGUAACAUUAAAUUGAAAAUUAUGUCACGUCAUAAUCAGAAUCAAUUUGAAAGCAUAAUUAUAAACACUCCUAAUUCAGUUGAGAAAAUUUUACCAGCUGGUAGUGAUGUCGAAACAUUGACUCAUAAAGUUAAACCAGAUAUAACGGACACUAAGGGUCCUUGGAGUUGUAAUCUUUGUGGAACUGAUACUAACCCAUUAAAAUUAGACACCUAUUUUACAUUUAGGAGACAUUUAGUUGAAAAACAUAAUGAAAAGGAAGAUACUAGGGUUUGUGAACAUUGUGGGCACUUUUCUGUACGCAAAAGUCUUCAAGUACAUCAUAUGUACACAAAACAUGGCAUUCAGCCACCUGCUGAUUUUAAGUUUCCAAAAUGUGAAUAUUGUGGAUUUGUUGCCACAACUGAAGUUCAUUUAAAACGACACAAAACUUUGGACAAAUGUGGCUCUAAAUCACAAGUAUCCAAAUCAGGUGCUCAUUACACAUGCAAUAAAUGUUCUCAAGAAUUUCGUUCCAGUUUGAUGCUUAAAGGUCAUUUGAGAAAUUUCCAUAAAGUAGAUGAGAUGACUUCAAGUUCAUCAACUAAAGAACUAUUGAUUUCCGUUAUAGAUAAUAUACCACCUGGCUCUAAAAUAUUAGCUGAAAAUAAAAGCUAUGAUAAAAUUGAAGAAGUUUUAUUAAAUGAUAAUGAUGUUUUAAACCAAGAAAAUAAACAAAUAAAAGGCAGUUUAGUAAAAAAUGAAAUUGUCUACACUGAAGAAGUAACAGAAGUUGAAACGCUAACAUUAGAAGAUGCUGCACAGAUCGAUAAAGAAAAGGAAGUUAGGCCCAAAUUAUCUAUUGACAUUACUGAUGAGUGGGACGAUGUUGAUGAUGGAGAUAUAUUUAAAAAAGAAGAAUCUGAUAACGAAGAUGACGCCAGUAUUGGUAAACCUUGUAGAGUAGAAUUGGAUUAA